AUGAUCGGGGUACAUGCAGCAGUCCUCCGUCUCGCCCAGACUGUCACAUCCCACCCCCCGCCCCAUCCUCGUGCCAGCCAAACUCCACUCAAAAAGCAAGCCUCUCCAUCGGUACAGGGCCUCGGCGUCAAGGCCAGUUGGCAUGGCUGCAGGCAGAACGAGCCUGUAGGCAGAUUGCCUGUGGCUACAUGUCCGUCCAUGCCGGGCAGAGUGGACUUGAUUAAGGGGCGUGUGGAGCUGCAGUAUCGACAGCGGCGGACUGAACUUCCGAAGAAGAUGGACCGGAGGGGCCGAUGGGUUGCCGGUUAA